CGGGGGAGGAGGCUUCGGAGAACCCGGCCCCGACCGGCAGCUGAGCCCCGGGGAGGAGGGAGGGCAGAACCGAGGGCUCCGGGCAGCGCAGUGUCCGCCAACAGCCCGGCCUAAUGCUGCGGGGAACGGCGUUGUGUCGAAAACUACAAACAGAAGAGCUCCGUAAGAGUGAACUGAAGUUACCAUAAGGAAAUAUUUCAUUACAUGGACUGUGUAAACUCCCAGAGACAAAGGUAAAGCUGGAAAGAAAUCUACAAGUGAAUAGAACAAGAAGUUUGGAAUUGGAUUUGGGGAAUCUGGGCUUGGAAAUGCCUCAGCCCAGUGUGAGUGGAAUGGACCCUCCUUUUGGGGACGCCUUUCGGAGCCAUGUGUUUUCAGAACAGACUCUGAUGAGCACAGAUCUCUUGGCAAGCAGUUCAGAUCCAGACUUUAUGUAUGAACUGGACAGAGAAAUGGACUACCAGCAAAGCUCCAGAGACAACUUGCUUUCAAUGGAGGACUGCAAAGACCUUGAGAACUUAGAGUCUUUUACGGACAUCCUGGACAAAGAAGCUGCUUUCACCUCCAAGUGGGAGCAGUGGGACACGUACUGUGAAGACUUAACUAAAUACACUAAACUAACCAGCUGUGAUAUCUGGGGAACAAAAGAGGUGGAUUAUUUGGGCCUUGAUGACUUUUCAAGCCCAUACCAAGAUGAAGAGGUGAUAAGCAAAACACCUACUCUGGCUCAGCUUAACAGUGAGGACUCCCAACCUGUUUCAGAUUCACUCUAUUAUCCUGAUUCACUCUUUAGUGUAAAACAAAACCCUUUAAAUUCUCUGUUACCCGGAAAAAAAAUUGCAAGUAGAGCAGCAGCCCCAGUCUGUUCCUCCAAGAACAUUCAUGCUGAGGCACCUUUGUCGGACUAUGUUCAAAAGGCAAGCAAACCCGCCACACAGCCUGCUUCCAGUACACAAAUCAUGGUGAAGACCAAUGUGUACAGUAAUGAAAAGGUGAACAUUCAUGUUGAAUGUAAAGACUAUGUUAAAAAGGCAAAAGUGAAAAUCAAUCCUUUACCACAGAGCAGACCAGUGCUGACCCAGACGCAUGCGGAUGCAGCAAAGGAAAAUACCUGUUACUGUGGUGCUGUAGCAAAGAGACAGGAAAUAAAAGAGACCCCACACAGCCACUGUACGCCUCCUAUUUUGCCUUUUAAAGAGACUCAAGAACUGCUCCUCAGAGCACCCCAGGAAACUCCAGGACUUGUUGUGGGGGAGAGCAGUCUUUCUGCCGGCACGUCAGUGUCAGAUUCAUCACAGAAAAAAGAAGAGCACAACUAUUCUCUUUUUGUAACAGACAGUGUGGGCGAACAGUCGGCCAAAGGAGAACCUGAAGAAGACGAGGAGGAUGAGGAAGAUAUUGAAGAUGAGGAUCAUGAUGAAGGAUUUGGCAGUGAGCACGAGCUGUCUGAAAACGAUGAUGAGGAAGAAGAUUAUGAGGAUGAUAAAGAUGAUGACAUCAGCGAUACUUUCUCAGAACCAGGGUAUGAAAAUGAUUCUGUGGAGGAUUUAAAAGAAAUGACUGCAAUAACCUCUCGAAAAAGGGGCAAGCGAAGAUACUUCUGGGAGUACAGUGAGCAGCUGAUGCCAUCCCAGCAGGAAAGGAUGCUGCGGCCAUCGGAGUGGGACCGAGAUACAUUACCAAGUAACAUGUACCAGAAGAACGGUCUGCACCAUGGUAAAUACGCAGCAAAGAAGUCACGGAGGACUGAUGUAGAAGACCUGACUCCCAAUCCCAAAAAACUUCUACAGAUUGGUAAUGAGCUGCGGAAGCUGAAUAAGGUGAUCAGUGACCUGACGCCAGUCAGUGAACUUCCCUUAACUGCCAGACCAAGGUCAAGAAAAGAAAAGAACAAGCUGGCUUCCAGGGCUUGUAGACUAAAGAAGAAAGCCCAGUAUGAAGCCAAUAAAGUAAAACUCUGGGGUCUCAACACAGAAUAUGAUAAUUUGCUGUUUGUGAUCAACUCCAUUAAACAAGAAAUUGUUAAUCGAGUGCAGAUGCCUAAAGAUGAUAGAGGAGUCAACAUGGAACAAAGGUUGAACAUACUUAUUAAAGAUACCCUCGGACUUCCUGUAGCUGGACAGACAUCAGAGUUUGUGAAUCAAGUGUUAGAGAAGACUGCAGAAGGAGACCCCACAGGUGGCCUUGUAGGAUUACGAAUACCAAUGUCAAAAGUCUAAGACGUGACUUCACCCGUUCUCAUUGGUCACAUUCUUCCUGUGUUGUCAAGUACUUCAUUGUAAAUUGCAUUCUGGUCUGCAUGUCAGUUUAGCAUUAUGUAAACACUUACAAUUAGGUUCCAUUAUUUUUAAACAACAGCGUAGGAAAAAGAAAAAAAAUCAAAGCAUGGAAUAAAAUGCCUCGUAGCAUUUUUGGAGCAUAAAUUAGGGAGUUCUAAAGCUGCUUUGAGAUUGCAUACAGAGAUGAGGGUUCUUUUGGAAACUAAGUUCUAGGACCAGACUUAGCACUUUUGUUGUAGAAGCAUAUUUUUGCUACUAAAGUUAUUUUAGCGUAUGCCAGACGUGGUGGCAGGUUUGUGCUCCAGGCAGAACAAGAGGAAGCAUUUUUUUUUUUGCUAAAGCUGACGAUUCAGUUUUUUUGUUGUUGGUUUUUUUUUAUUUGUUCCUGUUUGCUGUUUUGAAAUAAUUGGGUUUCCUUUGUUCUCCUCACAAACAGUAAAGCUUUCUUUGCUACCAUUCACUUGUACAUAGCACACGUGGCUUCAGAGCUGCUGUGCCAUAGAAACUUUAAUUUUUUUUCUGAGCUUAAUAUAGUAUUUAAAUGUCUGUGCAAGCAAGAGAAAAAACAAAAAGUAUAUUCUUUGUGCCUUGUAUUUUGAGGGGAGAGCUAUCAGUGUAAGCUGGUAAAGUUUUGUAUGAAGAAAACCCCGAGGGGAAAAAAAAAACAAACCAAGAUGUACAGAUGGUGAGAUUAUAGGUUUUAAUGUAUUUGUUCCAGCUCUUAAAAUUUUUUGAAUGUAUAUAGGAAUAUGUUGAAAAUGUAGAUAUAUGCCACAGAGUCUAUGUAUUGUAUAAAAGAUGGCUCUAGAAAACUCUAUUUCGGUACUUUGGCCGGAAGAAAACAUAUACUUGCACAUUAAUGCGAUUGUUUAUUUUUGUACCAAAGACAAAUGCAACUGAUAUGGCGAACUGCCAGUCUAAGUAAAGUUUUGCACAGCUUAUAUGAUACUGUACUGAAUGUAAAAACAAAUGAAAAAUAUAAAAAAACACACAAAAAAAAGAAAAACAAAUGACAAGGUCAGGGUUAGGGAUCUUACUGAACUGUGAAUUUUUUUGUUUGGGUCCAAUUAUCUACAGAAGGAGCAUUCAUACAUAACAAUAUUAUUUUGCUGUUCUUGUAGUUCGCUUCCAUGGUAGAUAAGUUGGUGGCCGUCUCGGAGUCUUUACAUCUUUUUUCUCUGCACUUACUGUAGGAGAUUUUAAUAUAUUUGGAUUUUAGUAAGCUAUUGGUAAAAUAGUUUUCAACUUUGAGAAUUUAAAAGAAAUAUUUAGCUUGUUGUAGUAUACUUCCAACAAACAACCAAAAUAAAAUUAUUUUUAUUGUAAUGUGUAUAUAUGUAAAGAGAGGAAAAAAAAAAAAAAGAGCUACAGAUAUCUAAUUCCUUAGUUGCCACUUUUCCAGUCGAUGUAUUAUUAUGCAUGUGAUGUUUCCAAGGAUCAACACAGGCUUCAAACGAAACGAGACACACACAGAAAAGUUUAUAGACUUUUAUAUUUUUGUACAGGUAUUUCAAAAGUAGCUUCUUCAAACUUAUAUGUGACUUAUUCUUGUUGAUUCAGUAGUUUCUAUGAUUGGGAAAUAUUAACACAGAGUUCUUAUUUGCUCUUCUGCUAAUAAGAGUUGGCUUUGUAGUCAGUGUUAACGUACCGAUAAAAAGCUUUAGCCCUUGAUGAAAGUCCUUUAUCUCAAGGCAAGAUCAUUCUCUGGUUUCAUGGACCCUCUUUUCCUCCCCGUUCUUUCUCUCCCUAUUUAAAAUGACAGAACACUGUUUACUGAAAAUAGAAAUACCAAAUAUUUUCAAAUGUAGCUGCUGAAAAAAAAUAAUGCGAAGUCCAUGAAGGCUUUUUCUCCGCUCCCUUUGGGGAAUCUCUCCACUUCGUUUCUAGUUUGUCUAUGUUUGUACUGUGAUUCCUUUUUGUUUAUAUGUAGGUUAUUUUUAUAUCCAAGCUUGUACUAUAAAAAAAAAAGUCUGUAAUAGUGCAGUGAGGGUCGCAGAUGAAGGUGGCAGUUCUGCCACGUGCUGGUGAGUGUGCACACAGCUUACUUUGUAUCUAAAUAUUUUGGAAGACUCAAAAGGGAGGAGGCCAAAAUACCACUACUGAGCUGUACGGAAAGUUUUUUCCUUCACGAGACUGAACAAAUACCCAGAGCAAUUUAGGCAAAACUUUGUAAAUCCGCUUAAGAUUUGCAAACUCAGAGUGGACUUUGGGUGUUCUUAUUGCUCUCACGCUGAGGUGAGAGUCGGCUGCUGCUUUACACAGUGGGUCAGAUGUAUUCCUAUUGUAAGCAUUGCCAAUGUUACACUUAAUUCCAGAGAUGCAUACUGCCCAUAAAACCCCGACAAAGAAUGUUUCUUGUGAAGAUAAGGCCGUGUCUGUGCAAGGAUUUGAAUGGAGUCGUUCCUUUCUGCUGUGCGGUGUUACCGCACUGCUGCCAUAGGAGAGGUCCUUUUGCUCCGCCAGAACCAGGCGGCGUUUCUAAACGUUACGAGCAGUUUUUGCAAUCAGGUAAAAACUUUUGUGACAAAUUAAACUGACAAGGUAUCAGAAAAAAAAAAAAGCCCCUUUUUACUGCUCAGAAGUGCUGGGCAAAUAGAACUUUAUAGCUCUUUAUCUGAAAACCAGAAUAUGAUUUUGGUCUAGCAUUUCAAAGUAGACUUUGAAUCUUAUAGUGAAUUCCAUACCCUUGCAUUUCAGUGUUUUCUAUGUAUUAUUUUAAGUUAAAGCUUUGGAAUAGUUGAGCUUUUUAAUGUUGACACUUUAUUUUGUACCUAUUUAUAUGUAUGUAUAUCUUAGAAAAGCACUUUGUUUAAAAAGGAAACAAAAAACAAAAAAAAAGAAGAAGAAAAAAAAGAAGAAAAAAGAAAAAAAAGGAAAAAAAAAACCAAAAAAGAAACUGCGUUUUCUAUGAUUCCUGCCACUUGCUGCUAACUCUGGGCUGGUCAGAAUGCUGCAGCGAUACUUGAUCUAAAUAAAACCUGGCAGUAAAAUGUAGAGUACAGAUAAGACCUUUUGCUGGUUUAACUUUAUCGUAAAGGUGACGUAGGCAAGCUGUGCAGCUUUACAUUUUAACCAGGGGACUCUGUGGCAUUUAAACCGUCUAGAAAUGGUUGUACUUUAAUGCCAGUAACAAUCUGCUUCCUCUAGUGUCAUUACAAUAUAUACAUUUAGUGUAUACUUAUCACAGACAGAAUCUUUUAAGGGUAUAAAAACCAACCAAUGUACAUGUUCUGUUUUUGGCAAUUGUGGCAUGCGUUUUUGGGUGAUCUUUAGAGAAGAGCAUUUUCUAAAGAUGUUCAGUGUUCAUACAUGGUCUGUGGAUCUUAAUGAAGUCCUGGAUUAUUUUUUGUUUGUUUGUUUGUUUUUGAGUGUAGGCAUUGUGAAUAUUCACUCUUAAUCCUAUAUCCAAAAACAAUUAUACAUCUUUUGAUUUAAUACAAACAGAAGUUCUUCCUUUUUCUGAUACACUGGAUUCUCUAGGAUUUGUUUCCAUAUUAAAAGCAUGCUGUUAUAACCGCUCUUGUUAAAAUCUCGUCAGUCUCAACUAUAGGUGCCACACUUUCUGACUCGAUGGACUGCUUGUUCUACUGUACCAUGUAUGAUUCUUGUCCUACUUCCUUCAUGAGAGAUUAUGACGUGGCUUUAUAUCGUGCCUUACUCGUACAUCUAGAACUAAAUGUUUUUCAUUACCCUUGAACUCUUCAAACCUAACCCUUCCAAAAGUGAAUCUGAACUGGUAAAAGCAUCCUGAAGAGAGUUUGGAUAGAUCUAUUUUUGUUUCUCUCAAUAGCAGUCGUUUUCUAUUUAUAUAGAUGACCAGUUUUUGGAUGGCCUUGCAGAAUGUGGGGGUGCUCGCAAAGGGCAUUUUUGAGCCCUAAACCCCUUUUUGCUAACACUUCUUUUAUGGUUUAUUGAACACACCGAUAUUUGGUGAGUUCUUUUCUUGGUUGAGAGAGACUUACUAAUAAAACUAUGAAGUGUGGGUGGGCUGGAUUGUCUUACCAUGCCAGCUGAAGCGUGAUUGCAUCAAGUUGCUUUGCUGCGAGGUUGAUGUGAGAGUCAGGCUCAGCUGUGUUCAGUCCCUGCUCCUUUCUAGAUAGCAGACCCUUUGCCACUGGUAAAUAAAGCUGGGAAAAAGCUGAAACCAGAAAAACCUAAAAUCCAAAUGGGUGAAGGGUCUGUUAGUUGACCUAAAAGCAACCAGACACCUGCUGUCAGUACUUCUUUGAUCCAAAAAGUUUCCCCCCCCACCCAACAUUUAUCCGCUAUUUGCCUUCGUUAAUAAAACAGCUUAUUCACAAAAUACAAA